GGCCAGGGACAUUUCCAGGGAGGCACGGGCCUCCCCCGGCCUCCGUGUAAAACCGCCACUGAGAUGCAGUUUGGACGUUUCACCGGUAAAACUUGAAUAAUUAUCAUUAACAGUGAUGAUGGCCUAUUUUGAAAUACCCAAUUUGGUGUUUGACGGUAUUAAAAAUAUUACAUUUUAUUUAGACAAUAUGUGUGGGCAUAGGCAGACGUUGCAAUUGGAGGAUGCAUUUUAUGCAUUUUCUAUAAUGUAGGCUGGCUAUUCAAUUGGCUACAUCUGUCGAUACAAACUUUGAUUGAUGACAUCAUUUACAUUUUUCUGCGAUCCGACACCUUAAAAAAUAGCACCACACAAAUGACUGGUAAACUGGACUCUUUAUGGACUCCAACUGAGACAUGACAGAAAUAAAAUGUUACACAAUCAAAAGCAUGUCCUACUAUAAUGUAAAUUGGCGUGAUCCUGACUUCAGAAAUGCCGUAAUCAUUCUCAGCAAUGCUUUUAGUUGAAAGGAGCACCAUCGUAACAGUAUAACGUAUGCAGUCCUUUCUAGAACGCUCUCUUGAAACAUAUAGGCCAAGAAAAAGUAUUUGGAGAAUGCGGGCAUCGAUCCCGCUACCUCUCGCAUGCUAAGCGAGCGCUCUACCAUUUGAGCUAAUUCCCCAUACUCAGUUCAGGCUCGGAUUACGCUCAUAUACUACGCAGUGUUUUGUCUCAGCGGUCAGUUUUUGUUAUCCUACUAACUUAUGGUCCAUAAUAACUACAUGCACACAAAAACUUGUGUUUAGUGACAUGUAGGCCUACGGUUGAAUUUGCUAUUAACAUUAGAUUAGCUACAAUUACAGUGUUUGCUUGUGGACAACAUUGCUAGGUUAAGUUUAAUGAGGUUUAGGCUACUGCGUGGAAAUAUCACUGCAUUUUGAACUGAAACAUUGUGUAUCUGCUGGCACAAUUUACCAUGCCACUGUAACAGCAAAUGCAACAAUGUAGCACUUCUGUUGUUCCCUGACCGUACCCUGACAGUGAAUUUCUCUGCCGCUCUCUGAUACUGAUUCACGUCAUUAUACUGAAAAUGAGUGAACUGCGGGACAGUCCAAUUAGCCCAGCGUCAGCAGUUGCCCUGCAUUGCCAAAAUCAAACAGCUAUGGGGCGGGAGACGGCAAGCUAACUGCAGGAUAGAGAGAGAGGAUGAGUCAAGUACUGCACCAUAUCAUUAACAGCCCAGCCGGAGCAAACGAAAUACGGCAUAUCUAACUUCAGACAGACACAGUAUUCUUGAAGAGAUAAUAAUGCACUCCUCACAGCCCCUGUUCCUGGGGACAGUGACCUGCUUGGUCCUAACCUUUGCCCUCUCUGUGACCUCCCUCCCUACUGAUGCCAAGAAGGGAAGGAGGAAAGUUGUUCAUGUACUCGAGGAUGACACCGGGGCAGUGAUCGUUCAGACCGCCCCUGGUAAAGUGAUCACCCACCGGGGAGGCUCCAUCACCCUGCCCUGCCGCUACCACCACCAACCCGAGAGCUCCGACCCCAACUGUAUCCGCAUCAAGUGGACAAAGGUGACGGACGCGCUGGUGUUUGAGGAUGUAUUUGUGGCGUUGGGCCUCCAGCAGAGGGUGUUCGGGUCAUACCGGGGUCGUGUGUCCCUAGAGCAGAACGGGCCGGGGGACGCAUCUGUCAUCAUCCACAACAUCACCCUGGAGGACUACGGACGCUACGAGUGUGAGGUCACCAACGACAUGGAGGACGAUAUGGGAUUCGUCAACCUGGAUCUUGAAGGUGUGGUGUUCCCCUACUACCCACGGGUGGGGCGCUACAAGCUCAACUACCACCAGGCUGAGGAUGUGUGUAAGGAGCAGGAUGCCAUCCUGGCCUCCCAUGCCCAGCUCCACAAGGCCUGGCUAGAGGGCCUGGACUGGUGCAACGCAGGCUGGCUAGAGGACGGCUCCGUCCAGUACCCCAUCUCCCACCCCCGGGACCAGUGUGGCCGCAAGGACACCCCUGCAGGGGUACGCAACUACGGCUACAGACACAAAGAGGAUGAGCGCUAUGAUGCUUUCUGUUUCACCUCCAACCUCAAUGGUAAGGUGUAUUUCCUGAAGCGUUUUAAGAAGGUUAACUAUGCUGAGGCAGUGAAGGCGUGCCUGCGUGACGGCUCGGUUGUGGCCAAGGUGGGUCAGCUCUACGCUGCCUGGAAGAUCCAGCUGCUGGAUCGCUGUGAGGCCGGCUGGCUGGAGGACGCCAGUAUCCGCUACCCCAUCGUCAACCCACGCACCCGCUGCGGAGGGCCCCAACCGGGGGUCCGCCACCUGGGCUUCCCCGACUUGAAGUUCCGCCUCUAUGGGGUCUACUGCUUCCGUAAGAACCAAGAGCGUGUUAAUGGUGAUGUAGUUAAACCGACACAGCGCUCAGGGAAGAGCAGCAAGGACAUCCCCAUGAACACCACCACCACCACAAGAAACAUCUAGAGAGAGACUGAGAGGAGGGUUUAUUAAGAUCUCUGCUGCUACAACAUAGCUCCAUCCAUUGCUUUAACUAAACAACGUUGCUGAACAUCACUGACAAGACAUGUUAAUUUGCAGCAGGAUUCACCAGAAAGGGAAGGUAACAGCGUGGUUCAGUUAGGGGCGGAAUCUUUAUCUCAGUGAUUUCCCUUGUCUUAAAUGAGGUGGCAGUCAUGUUGAGAGUGUUUCGUGUGCCCGCCACUGUCUCAGAGAGGCUUAGCUAGUAACUGCAGCAGAUCAUCAUUUCUCAGGCACAUCAAGAUUAGAAAUCCUUUCAUGAAUUAACGCCAUUGUUUACAAUGCGUCUAUUAGAGACAUGCAGAGAGACCACAUGCAUAAUGGGGGCUCAGUCUUCACAGUGUGUUCUGUUCUCCAUGUGGCUUCAUUUCUGGAGGAAAAGGUCCUUUGUGAGAAGCACUCGACUUUAAGCAGUACCAGCCGGAGAGAGUCACAUUAAUUAGUGUGCGGUGCAGACAGAGACAGACAGAGACAGAUAAUUUACUAUGUCUGUCUGAGUGUAAUGAAUGCAGCGCAUUAAGCGAGCCUCUCUCUUAGAGGCCAGAUUAGCAGAGACUGAUGAUGAACUUUAAAGCAAACUACUAUCAUGCCUAAUCCAUCUGUGAAUGUUGCCACGUGCCAGCAUGAUGCCCAAGCUUUGCCUGGCAUGGCAGGGCACUGCUUAGAGGUGCCCUUUGAGUUCUACUGCGCCCCCAGUCACCCGCCUCUAUCCGGUUGCCAUGUUUGGGUAGAGCCAUCUGAAACGUUUCUCCUCAGUAUCUAACUAAGUACUGACAACCGUACCAGAGCUCAAUAAACAUAGUAGUGAAUAUUGUACAUUUGAUUAGAUAUAUUUUAUGACAAAAUGGUUAGUCUAUAGCAAGUAUGUUUUACCUGGAGCUAAAUAUAGUAACUGAGGCUGAACUAACUGAACUAUAUUAUAGCUGCUUUAAUAGUUGCUUGAUUACCUCAUAUUUAUAUGCAGCCAUGGCCAUUGAUUGCACUAUUUGUUCAAUUGUGAAAAGCACAAUUUUAACUCUAUCAGUCACUAUCUUGAUGUAUGAAUGUAUCUAUAGUGAAGGCUAUAUGCUGAAGCUGUGAUACAAAAGUAACAAAUGAGAUCUUGUUGUUCAUUAAAACUGAUUCUGUGAGA